AUGGCCAUGCAAUCCAGCGCUUCCAUCUCGGAAGGCAAAGGGAUCCGGCAUUCCUCGACCCACGCGGCGGAUCAAACCGUUUUGGAAGGUGUGGACCAAGACAAAAAGCUAUGGCACGGAAGAGAAGCAGCGGCUGCGACGGUCCGCAAGCACGUGGAGACCCAGCAGGGCACAGUGAAGGGCACCCUGGGCAUGGUGCAAGGUGUGAUCUUUCCCUGCAUGGGCAACAUUCUGGGCGUGAUCCUGUUCCUGCGUGGCCCAUGGAUCGUUGGCAAGGGCGGCAUAUUGGAAGCCUUCGGGGUGGGAGCGGUCUGCUGCACUUGUACCUUCCUGACGACUCUCAGUCUCUCUGCCAUUGCCACCAACGGUAAAAUCGCUGGUGGUGGUGCAUACUAUUUGAUCUCCCGGUCUUUAGGCCCUGCACUUGGAGCUGGUGUGGGUCUUUGCUUCUACAUGGCAAACUCCAUUGGAGCUGCUAUGUACUUUAUGGGCUGUGUUGAAGCCUGGGAGAUAGCGCAGCCUGACUACCAGAUUGGGGUGAUUGGCGACUUGAACAACGUCCGCUUUUCGGGCUACAUCAUCCUGGCCGUUGCUGUCUUCAUCAUCUUCGGCGGCAUCAAGUAUGUCUCGCGCCUGGGGACCCUCUUCCUCAUGGUGGUGCUGUUUGUGAUCCUUUGCAUGUACAUCGGCUGCCUCAUGGGCCCCACAGACAGCAGGCCUGCCACCUACACGGUUCCCAUCGUGUCAGAUGGCAUCACCAUUCAGAAGACGUUGACUUGGACAGGUCCCUCUGCCGCCUCGUUCGAGGACAACUGGAAGUCUGCCUGGGAUGCCCCGCAGAUGGCCUUCCCCAAAGAUACCACAGAGUAUAACUUUGUAAACAUGAUGGGCCUGUACUUCCCCUCCGUCACGGGCAUCAUGGCUGGUGCCAACCGCUCUGCUGACCUCGCGGACCCCACCAGGUCUAUCCCCAAAGGGACUCUCUUCGCACAGAUUGCGACCACCAUCAUCUACCUCUCCUUCAUUUUUGUCUUCGGCUGCACGGCUCCCAGGGAGACACUUCUGAACGACAAGUUCUUCGCAUCUACCUCCGCCUGGCCCUUCAAAGAGGUGGUGAUCUACGGGGUCAUGGCCUCCAGCCUGGGCGCGGGGCUGAACUCCCUGGUCUCGGGCACCAAGCUGCUGAGCGCCAUCGCCGGGGACGGCACCUUGCCCAUCCUGCGCUGCUUCCGAGCGGCGCCAGGCAAAGAGCCGCGAUUGGCGCUGCUGGCAAGCGGGGCUCUUUGCGCGGCCUCCAUCACCAUUGGCGAGCUGAAUGCCAUUGCGCCCCUGCUGACGAUGUUCUUCCUGAUGUGCUACACUUGCGUGAACAUGUCCUGUACGAUCCUGCACUUUGUGAGUGACCCCAACUGGCGGCCCACCUUCCGCUUCCACCACUGGUCCAUCUCCCUGAUCGCCGCGGCGCUGUGUGUGUGGAUGAUGUUCGCCAUGGCUCCCAUCAUUGCCAUGGCAGCCAUCCUUUUCUGUGGCCUGAUCUUGGCCUACGCCGCGUACAACUCCGCCAACACGAAGUGGGGCGAUGGCUUUCAGGGCAUGAAGUUUCAGCUUGCCAAGAACAUCCUCAUCAGUAUGGAUGCCAAGCUCCACACCAAGAACUGGCGCCCGCAGCUGCUCGUGGUGACGGAGCCGAAGAUGAGGUCACUGAGCUCCUUAGAAGGAUCUGCAUUGCACUUCCCAGACUUGGAGAUUCUGAAGACGGCCUCGCAGAUGAAGAACGGCCGUGGCUUCAUCGUGCUGGGCGGGAUUUGCUCUGGCAAGGGGAAGAUGCUCUCCCAAGGAGGCCUUUUCCUGAGUGAGAAGAUGGCAGACCAGGUGGCUGAGGGCAAUGGCGAGGUGAAGGAAUUGCUCGAAAGGUACAUGAUCGAUGGCUUUGGGAAGAUUGUCUAUGCGGACGACUUCACGGCGGGCUUGGCGGACCUGGUGCAGAGCAGCGGCAUGGGCGCCUUCGAGCCCAACUGCAUCCUGGCCGCCUGGCCGAAGAACGCCCUGGGCGACGACGUGCAGAGCCGCAUCAAGCUGGUGAACAUGGUCCAGAUCUCGGCGAUUUUCCAGAAGGUGAUGAUUCUCACGAAGGGCUUGGAAUGGCCGGAGUUUGAGGAACGCUUGGCGGGCAACAUUGACAUUUGGUGGAUUGUGGGCGACGGAGGAGUUCUGCUGCUUCUGCCCAGCCUACUGAAAAAGCAUCGGGUGUGGUCCGGGUGCCACAUCCGUCUCUUUGUCUUGGCAGACAGGGCUGGAGACGAUGUGGAUCAGAUGCAGCACGAGCUAGACACGUACGUGCGCGACUUCCGCUUGAAGAUCGAAGUGCACAUUAAGGUCGUGGAUCAGGUGGUGGAUCCGGUGAGCCCAGACUUCAUGGCCCCGCCAGAUGAUGUGGUGCCCAACGAGUAUGUUGAGCUGGAGGAGGGAAAGCGGAAGACCGACUUGCCGGUGCGGGUGACCAGUGGCCAGAGUCUACAGGACGCCCUGAACCGCUGGCGUGGCCGGGGCUUCACGCGCGAAAGGUCCUACGAUAGCAGAGUGGAUGACGUGACCCAGAGCAACAAUUCAGUUUCCUGGUCCGCGCGCCACGGCCUUCGCGGCAAGAAGGCGCCCUUCCCCGAGCGCCUGGCGCAAUGGGCGCCAGAACCCCAGGCGUACCUCACCGCGGAGGAGCUCAUGGCCAUGAACUCCAUGACGGAUCCGGGCCCCUCCGGCAAGGCCUACACCGCAGUUGACCACUUGCGCUUCGGUGAUGAGCCGACGCGGGUCCACAGCGGUGGGAGCGAAGGAGGCUUCCAGCGGCAAGUCAGCGGCGGUGAAGGGAAGCGCACGCUCUUCCUGCACGACGCUCGGCAGCUCACCGCGACGGCUCCCUGUCGGGAGGAGGAGCUGUCCGUGGUGUCUGUCUUGAACAAGCUGAUGCUGGAGGAGUCGCAAGAUGCGGAUCUGGUGUGCACAAAUCUGCCAGACAUGCCGCCGUCUGACAGCGCGCUGGGCUACUGCCAGCUGGUCGAGGCAAUGACGAGCAACAUGAAGCGCGUCAUUCUGGUGAGAGGUACCUCCAGCGAGGUGAUCACAGCCUUUACGUGA